UUCAGUGCCUUCCGAAACUCGCGGCAGAAUGCACGCGUGAGACCGUCUGUGAUAUAUUUUAAAAAAAGUGGUUUAUCUAUUGUGGAUAUAGAGCUGUCAACAUUUCUACACUUCGCGCGCAAAGUGUGAAACCAAGAUCCGAAAAUGGGGAACAUUUGGAGAGCUCUAUAUAUUUAUACGAGGUUAGCCUUUGACCUGGCUGUAGACUUCUUCUUCUCGCUGUACUGGGACAGAAGGAAGAAACCCAUCCCGGACCUGGACAAGAAACAUGCGAUUCUGACAGAGAGUGCUGUGACCCUCGCCAAGAAGAUAAGGCAGAAAGAACUCAAGUCAGAAGAUCUAGUUAGAGCUGUGAUUGAAAGAAUUAAGGAGGUUAACCCAAUGAUAAAUGCUGUAGCUGCUGAUAGGUACGAAGCUGCGAUCUAUGAAGCUAAAGAGGUGGACGCACUCAUUGCCAGCGGGAUCUCAGAGGAGGAGGCUAGCAAGAAACCAUUCUUAGGUGUCCCAUUCACGUCGAAGGAGAGUCAAGCGGUGAAAGGUCUGCCCUUCACCCUGGGGCUGUGGUGGCGCCGCAAGGAGGUCGCUACUGAAGACAGCGAAGCCAUCGUCAGGCUGAAGGCGGCCGGAGCCAUCGUCGUAGCUGCAACCAACUUGCCGGAGCUGCUGGUUUGGCAGGAGACCCGCAACCCGGUGUACGGCAUGUCCCGCAACCCGCACCACACGGGGCGCUCGCCGGGCGGCUCCAGCGGCGCCGAGGCCGCGCUCUCCGCCACCUGCGCCUCCGUCGUCAGCCUCUGUUCGGACCUCGGCGGUUCCACCCGUAUGCCAGCGUUCUACUGCGGCUUGUUUGGACAUCACGUCACUCCCGGCAACACUAACUCAAGAGGAGUGUGCUUCCGCAAAGCUGACGUAGAGGACACGAUGCUGUCGCUGGGCUUCAUCUCCAAGCACGUGGAGGACCUGGCGCCGCUCUCCAAGGUCAUCGCCGGUGACAAAGCUGACAAGCUGAAGCUGGACAAAGUUGUCGAUAUUAAGGACAUCAAGUUUUACUAUAUGGAGACGAGCAAAGAUCUGAUGGUGAGCACAAUCAGGGCUGACCUGAGAGGCGCUAUGAAGAGAGUAAUAACCAGGAUUAGCCAAGAGACCACCUCAUCAGACAAGGCCCCCGAGCCGUACUACCACCGCGGCUUCGACCACAUGUACAACCUGUGGAAGUACUGGAUGACCAAGGAGGCUGACUACAAGAGCAUCUUAAACACUAACGGGACUAACGAUGCUAAUGGACUCAUUGAGUUGGCUAAAAAGGUGGUGGGUCUGAGCCACAACUGUCUGUUCACCAUCGUGCGGUUGAUCGAGGACCAGUACCUGCCGAAGAUCGACUCCGAAUGGGCGGAGAAGAUCUCCAAGGAAUUGAAAGAUGACUUAUUUAGUAAGCUGGGUGACAACGGUGUCCUGCUGAUGCCGAGCGGUCCGCAGCCGGCGCCCUACCACUACUCCUGCUUCCUGAGGCCCUACAACUUCGCCUACUGGGGCAUCGUCAACGCCCUCAAGUGUCCCGCUACACAGGUUCCCCUUGGCGUGAACUCCCAAGGCCUACCCUUGGGUAUCCAAGUGGUAGCCGCUCCAUACAACGACGCGCUCUGCCUCACUGUCGCCAAGUACUUGGAGAAGGAGUUCGGAGGAGCCGUCAGGGCUUGCAAAAUCAAAUAGAUUGUAGACUAAGUCGCAUCGGUCACCCGUGACCGAACUCAAUAGUUUCCUAUUAUAUUAUGUUACUAUGUCUAAUUAAACAUGUGAAGGAUUAAUAAAUCUUAUUUUAUAUUUUUUAUAAGA